CGCGCCCCUGCGAGCUAACGUCAGACGCGGAAGUACAGCAAACAACCAGUCGCUGCGGACCAGUCGAAUUGAGUGCUUGGCUUGUUGACUCCAUCAGCCGCCCUUCUUUCUUCUUGUCUGCUCUUUUUUGUGUGUGUCGUUUUUCCGCCGUAGAGAAGCAAACAUGAAGCCCAUUGUGAUGUUUGCCGUCACGUUGAGCAUGCUGGGAGUUGUAGUUUUAACCGAAAGGCAGCACGGCUGGAAGAGACUCAACAAAGUCAAGAUUUCUGGCUUUGCGUGGGAGAACUGCGGCAAGCCGGACGCGGCGGCGGUGCUGAAGACCCUCAGCUUGUCGCCUGACCCCAUCAGCAUCCCCGGAGACCUGACGGCGUCCGCGUCGGGCUCCACGUCCGUGGAGCUCCGUGCACCUCUGAAUGUGAACGUCACUGUGGAGAAGGAGGUGGCCGGCUUUUGGGUGAAGAUUCCGUGUUUAGACGAGCUGGGAAGUUGUCACUAUCCCGACGCUUGCGACCUUUUGAACCAGCUGAUCCCGCCUGGACAAGACUGCCCGGAACCGCUGCACACCUACGGACUGCCCUGUCGCUGCCCCUUUAAACCUGGCUCGUACGUGCUGCCUCAGUCGGACUUCUUCCUGCCCUUCAUUGACGUCCCGUCGUGGCUCAGUAAUGGAGAGUAUCGUCUUCAGGGGGUCCUGGGCGACGGCGAUGGUGAGGAGCUGGGCUGCCUCAAGGUGGCGCUGUCUCUCCACUCAGAAAAAACGUAUGCAGCGCUCACUUCUACUGGAUCAACACAUGACGCUCAAGUCAUAUUUUAAAAGAAAUAAUAAUGCAUGUUUUUUUACUUCAGAGAUGAUUCUUUGUUUUUUCCCCAUAUAUAUUAACUAUAGAGAGCAUUCAUGUGUGUUUUUAUUUGUUACAGAUGUUUUAAAAUCAUAAUGGCCUUUACUUUUUUGCUUGUUCUUCAUUAUUGACCUUUGUGGAAUUCCUUUAGUGAAUAAAUGAUGGAAAAAUGA